GGCGGCUCGCCUCAGUGUUGCCCGCCCCGUGGGUGUGUUCAAGACGAGUCGGCCUCGGCAUACACCUGCUCGCCGCCCUGGCUCGCUCCAGUCAGGAGUGGCCAACUUUAGUGAGACACCCACGCUGUGUGCCCGGACCUCUUUUCCACCACGGGGACUUUGUUUCACGCUGGGGUUUUUUUCCCCCACGAGAUGUGGAUUGUGGCCGCUCGCCUCCAGUGCUCUGACAAGUAGGGAAACAUUUCCCUUUUAAGUGAAUCCUGCUCAGUAACAACCAAGCGGUGAGGACGCACAGGUACACGGUUGCCCCUGAAGACGGACCGUUCAGAAGACGCACCGGGAUUUUAAUAAUAUUAUUGAUUUCAACGCGGAGACGGACGUGAUCGAUACAUUGGAUUUUUUUUCAAUGACUGAGCCAGACUGGCUGUGAAGUUUGGCCCAUAAUCGGAAAGCUUUAACAACCAGAUUUGUUUUUUUUAAAUCACUGAUUGCGUGCUACUGGUUGGUGGACUAUGCAGCUGGACGGUCUGUGGACGGUCCAAACCCUCCUGGCGCUGUGCGGCUUUGCUCUGGGUAACCCACUGAGCAAUGAACCACUUGCUGCACCUCGCGUCUUCAUCUCCUUCAAAGAGUUGAGAUCUACUGGUACUGCUCAUCAUUUUGCCUACCUCCUCAACACCUCUGAUUACCGGAUCCUGCGCAUGGACGAGGACUAUGACCGCAUGUACAUUGGUAGCAAGGACCACAUUCUGUCCCUGGACCUCCAUGACAUCAACAAGGACCCUCAUAUCAUCCACUGGCCAGUGUCUGAACGGAGAAAGAUGGAAUGCCUCGUAAGUGGGAAAGACGCCAACGAAGAGUGUGCUAACUUCAUCCGUCUGAUUGAGCCAUGGAACAGGACACAGCUCUAUGUUUGUGGGACAGGCGCUUACAAUCCAGUCUGUACGUUUGUCAACCGUGGACGCAAAUCUCAGACAUCCAUGUACCUACAGAUGGCCCAGGCCAGAGGACGGGCUAGCCGCGCAGCUGAGCCCAGCGCGGUGCAUGAGACACUUGGACUAAAGGAAGACAUUUUUCAUUUGGAGCCUGGCAAAGUGGAGUCCGGGAAGGGAAAGUGCUCCUACGACCCGAAGCUCAACAGCGUUUCAGCUUUGAUUAAUGGUGAACUUUAUGCUGGAGUCUAUGUUGAUUUUAUGGGAACAGACUCAGCCAUUUUCCGGACUUUGGGGACAAAGACAGCCAUGCGAACUGAUCAGUACAACUCCAGAUGGCUCAAUGACCCCACUUUCAUCCAUGUCCACCUCAUCCCUGACAGUGCAGAGAGAAAUGACGACAAACUUUAUUUCUUCUUCCGGGAGAAGUCGUCUGAGAUGGGCCAGACUCCUGUGACCCAGUCCCGCAUUGGACGCAUCUGCCUGAAUGACGACGGAGGUCACUGCUGCCUGGUCAACAAGUGGAGCACCUUCUUGAAGGCCCGGCUCAUCUGCUCAGUGCCAGGGGCCGAUGGGAUGGAGACGCAUUUUGAUGAGCUUCGGGAUGUUUACAUACAGCCAACGCAAGACACCAAAAAUCCUGUUAUCUAUGGAGUUUUUUCAGUGUCCGGGUCAGUAUUCAAAGGCUCCGCAGUUUGUGUAUACUCCAUGGCUGACAUCCGCAUGGUCUUCAAUGGACCCUUUGCACACAAAGAAGGUCCCAAUUACCAGUGGGUGGCCUACACUGGAAAGAUCCCUUACCCCCGUCCAGGCACGUGCCCCGGAGGUACAUUCACCCCCAACAUGAAGUCCACUAAGGACUACCCAGAUGAGGUGAUAAACUUCAUGAGGAAUCACCCUGCCAUGCACAACUCGGUGUACCCGGUACACAAGCGCCCCCUAGUGGUCCGUACCAACGUGGACUAUGAGUUCACCACUAUUGCAGUGGACCAGGUGACAGCUGCAGAUGGCAACUAUGAAGUGCUUUUCUUAGGAACUGACAAAGGGACGGUUCAGAAAGUUAUCGUUCUGCCCAGGGAUGACCUCCAGACUGAGGAGCUGGUACUGGAGGAGGUGGAGGUGUUCAAGGUUCCAACUCCAAUCACGACAAUGAAGAUCUCAUCCAAAAGGCAACAGCUGUACGUGUCAUCUGCGGUCGGGCUGACCCAGCUGGCUCUUCAUCGCUGUGAUGUGUACGGUGAAGCGUGUGCCGACUGCUGUUUGGCCAGAGACCCUUACUGCGCCUGGGACGGGAAGUCGUGCUCCCGCUACUCCGCUUCCCAGAAGAGGUCUGACCCCUUUAGACGUAGCCGGAGGCAGGACGUCAAGUACGGGAACCCCAUUCGCCAGUGUCGAGGCUUCAACUCCAACGCUAAUAAGAAUACUCUAGAGAUGGUACAGUAUGGGGUGGAGGGAAGCAGCACCUUCUUGGAGUGUCAGGCCCGCUCCCCACAUGCCGUGAUCAAAUGGCAUCUACAGCGAGACAACAGCGACCGCAGGAAGGAGAUGCGUUCUGACGGUCGGAUCUUAAAGACAGAGCAAGGUCUCCUCCUGCGCUCUCUGCAGCCCUUUGACUCUGGAAUGUACCAAUGCAGCGCCACAGAAAAGAACUUCAAGCACACCCUUGUCAAGCUGCAGCUGGUGGUGCUGUCGAGCCGUGCCGUCAAUAACGUGAUAGUGGAGGGCGGAGCAGGGUUGCUGCCAUCCUCCGUCCACUCCAGCACCCAGUGGACCCCGAGCGCAGGCCAGUACAAGGACCUGCUGACCAUCCUGAGCCAACCUGAGAUGAGCCUCAUCAAUCAGUAUUGCCAGGACUACUGGCAGUUCGGAGACCCCAUGCUGGGCGCCCUCAAGGUCAAAGACCUGAAAGAGCUCAAGGAGCAGAAGAAGCCCCGCAACCGUCGGCAUCACGCUGAGGCGGAGGAGGAAGAUGAGCGUGAGGAUGCAGAGACAUGAGGCGCCCGAAUGUGUCCAAAACACCCCCAACCACUCCCCCCACCCCACCCUGUGAAAACUGGGAGAGACUCAUUGAGAGAAACGAGAAAAAAAGCACACACAAACCGGGAAAAAAUACAAAAAGCAAACGGAGAAGACGCGGCUUCGGAGCAGCCCCCCACAUGCAUCGUUUCAAAGCGUAAGACAUAUGCUACUCAGUAUUUAUUGUAGGUUGUACAUAGUAUCAUUCUGUGGAUUUCUUUGUACUUAAGGACAAGCAGGCUCUUCGUGUAUAGGUAACUUUGGGGCAAAUGUUGUUGUUAUUGGUGUUCAUUUUAUUGUUGCUGUUACUCACUGCAAAACUCACUCGUCACGUGACACGGCGGACAGUUUGCGUGAUUUAGCGUGUAAGCUGACAGAUAAAAGUUGGGUAGCGGCAUCGCUGUUCUUUCCUUCUCGUCUCGGUGUACCAGGACAAGAACAAUACACAAUAAAAAUGCAGUAGAGUAACAAUAGAUAUAGUAUGAGAUGGCGGGGCUUUACCAAAUACAAACAUAAUAUGAACUGAGGCGGUGGUGCAAUAAAGGGUCAAGUUUUUGUACAAAGGGCAUUUUUCUUAUUUUUAUUUUAAGGGCCGGCAGCUGGGGCCAAAUGCAACAAGCACAAUUGUGGACUUCUGUGAAUAAAAUAGUUUCAGUUGGAGCGGGGUGCCUAGAUCUGUUUGUUUCUCUGUCCGCUGACAUUCAUGUGGGAUUAACAACGUAAAUAAAAGAAGCCCAUUUACUGUAUACACAACUGAGCAUCGUAACAAUGUUGUGACACUCACCAAAUAUUGGGAAGCUGGCUUUCUUUGUGUGCAUGAAAAUGUAUUUGUACUGUAAUUCUGAUAAGACGUGUGGUCUGUUUUUGUUUCCGUUCACCAUCCUGAGGGAUGUAGAAUAGGACAAGAGAAGCGACGCUACCACAGUACACUUUGUAGAGCAGUACAUGUAAACGUGCAGCAGACGUGAACAUGAGACAGCUUUUACUUGAGGUGAAAGACUGUGCAUAUGAAUUCAAAUGUAUUUCACACCCUGACAGUUUAUUUGUACUCUCCGUGUAAAUGAAUAUCAAUAUAAAAAGUAUAUGGUGCGGUUGUGCCUCUAUUGACUACAGUCUUAAAAGUGAGGUUUCAUGAAAAAAGCCAAUGUCAGGCCCCGAACACUCUUUGUGGUUUCCACGAAAAUCUGGGCACCUCUGAGAAGACGCAUCUCUACUGUCGAUGGAAGAUGUCUGUCACACUUCCACACAUACAGCAAAAAAUACAAAGAAAGUUUGUACAACACGUAUUUUUUGUUGUGGAUUUCCUUUUCCAGUGUCUGUAGUCUUUGCAUUUUCCUUUUAGCGUCAUCAAAUUAAAAUUCAAUUAAAAAAAAAAAGCAAAAUGCAACGAGGUGAUGUUAUUGUGAUGGCCUAAAUGUGUAAAUGACUCGUAUCCUCUCGUUCCAUUGUUGUUGCUGACUAAUAAAUUAAAGCUCUAUAUUUUUUAAGAAUGGAAUGCUUCCCCCUCCUUGUGAUUAACUCCAUGCUGAAUGUUUUCCGUGUUCUGCCCAGAACUCUCUGGAAUAAAGUUGUACCUGUUGAAGAAA